AUGGGUAAUUCACUGGGAAUUGAGAUUUUUAGAAGCCAGGUGGAUAUUUGUAUGGCAAUAGAUGAUUUAACUUUCAAGAAAGUAAAAGUUUUGCUUCUUGAGAAAAUCAUUAAGAGAAAGGAAAUGAAAGAGAAGUUUAUAAUUUUGGGAGGUUCAUCAGAGGAUAUUUAUUUGGAAGAUUCCUCCCAUCAGAAAUUUUUGUUGGUAUUUAUUCGGAUAAGUUUGCAGGAAUUUAAAAAAUUGCUAUUGGAAAGUGUGGAAGAACUCCACUAUAGGAUCGGAAUUUCAUUGAUGGUAACAAAUAAAGACGAACAGGAUAGUUUUUAUAUAUUAAAAGAUACUUUAGGAAAAGACUUUGAAAAGUUUGAGAUCCUUUCUUAUGAAAAAGCAAGCUCUUUUAAUCCAAUAAAGCUGUUGAAAUCAAAUUUUAAGUUUGAAGAUUUUUUGGAAAGAUAUACUUUUAAGAAUACUUUCAUGAAGACUUUGGGUAUAUUUAAUUGUUUGGAUGAGCAAGAACCCAUCCAGCUUCACGGGUUUUCUAAUACGAUUGAUUUAACUCAUUUCAUCCAUAUUAAUAUUGGUAAAUCAUAUACAGAAUUUCUACAUUUUAUAGAAGAUUCUUACUCCAAAAAAGUUGGAAGUAUUGAAAUAGGGGAAUACUCUCUCUGGGGUUUGGCAAAGAUCCUAGGUCUAAAGGUAGAAAGCAUGGAAGAUAUUGACAGGGCUAUUUCUAUAGGUAAUAUUCAAAAUUGUGACUUAAUUGUCAAAGAUAUUUACGGGCAAUCGUAUCCUGAAAUCAAUUUGGAGGGGGAUUCUGUAGCUUCUUCUCUAGGAAAACUUCAGUUUCUUAAUUAUGAUCAGAAAAACCUCGCUCCAGAGGAUCUAAUUAAAAGUAUUGUCAUCCUACUUACAAACCAGCUUGUCCAAAAAGGAAUACUGCAUUCUCAAAUUCUGCAAGAAAAUAACAUUAUUAUCUCUGGAUUUGUCACAAGCUCCCCAAAGAUUAUGGCAGCUAUUCACAAUACUUUUCAAGCUUUAUCUGAGAAUUUUAAUGUGUUUUUUAUUAAGUCAAUUAUAAAUAUUGCAUGCAUUAGCCCCAAAUUCGAAACUAACUAUUAA